CGUGGGUGUGUCACGACGUUUGUGAAGCGGCUGGGACCUGGCCUGGUGACACGGGCUUCUCUGGAUACCGCCGGCGGUGGCUCGUGGGAUGUAGGCGUGCCCGGCAGCAGUCGGGGGAAUCUGAAUGUGGAAGUGGGAACGGCGGCUCCAUCAAAUUCGACUGCGGGCCUCGGACCUUGCAGCGGAUACAGCGCCGGGGAUGAGCUCGGGUUGCUCGGACUGAGUCUCCAGCGCCCACCGGAGUGAAGGCGCUGGCUUCACUGCGACCCAGUCGUGGCCAAAGUUCACUGUUUUAGGGGCCCUGUAGCUCCAGACAGUGGGGGUGGGAUUCACCAUAGGCAGCUCCAAGGGCUCUGCGUCUGAAGGUAGUGGUCGGCAACCGGUUAGUUGGCUUUAAUCUUGGUGCAAUAUUAAUGGGGACCAGUCAGUGAGUCUCACUUAGCAUGUUUGAAUCUGAAUGCAGCUAAGCAGGGUUUCCGUGUAGUCUUGUUAGGUCUCUCUCCUCCCUCCCCAUGAGUUAAAUCUUAUUAAUCUUACGUUUCAUAUUUUGCUCUACAAAUAAUGGUCAUUGGAAAUUAAUAUGAACAGACAGGAAGACCCCGCUGAGCCUGACAGUGAGGCUGUCAGUUUAAUCCAGCAUGCCAGUGGGGUUGAGAUGUAUGAACAAGGAUUGGAAAAUGAUCAAACAGGUGCAGAAGCUGUUCUGCCUGAAGUUGGUGAUGUGUGUUCUUUAGAAAUCCUUCAUGACAACAGAGAUGCUUUUACAGGGUAUUCUGAUCAAGAUUUUUGUGAUGAAGGGGCUGGUGAGGUUAUAGUGAGUAAAGAUGUUAAUGGUGAACAGAAAAAGGUGGAUAAUGUGGAAUUAAAUAAUGUAGUGACUAAAGAAGUCAAGGAUUUGGUUAGUGCUGUGCACUUGUCAGACUUAAAUGCAGAUUCUGAAAGCAAUUUGAUUGAAUUUGGUGUGAAAAACAUCAGUUUAGGAACUGACACAAUGGACCAGACUUCAGACCUUGAAGAUGAUGAUCAUUGCCAGAUUAAAUUGCUUUCUGCUCAGUUGCGCCAACAUGAGCAGGCAGCAGUAGUUUUGGAGAAGAAAAGAGAACUGACUUUGAGAUCAUCAGUAGAUGGAUGGACUGAUUUAUCAGUUAGAGAAGGUGACAGACAACAGUUCGGUAUGAUUAACCAUCAAGAUAUUUUGACUGAUGUGACCUGUGAACAUUCAAUGCCACCUAACGAAAAACUUAAAAGUUUAAAUGGGAAAAAAAUGGACGAUCUGGUUCAAAAUUGCAACAAGCUGACCCAAGAUAGCUGUCUAGGAAGAAUCUCUGGUUUUAAUGACCACGCACCAUCUAAUAUACGGGGUGACCUUGCACCAGCAAAAACUGAAAGCAAAGACACAUUCUUCCAAGAAACUUCAGAAGAGUCGUUUGGAAGUGACUAUGGCCAAACUAAGGGUAUCAUUGGAGGUUUGCACCUCGAUCAGCAAGCUCCUGAUUUCUUGGAAAGCGAUGAUGUGGAAAUUGAAGAUUUUUCAAGUUCUUCUUUAGUUGGCCGUCUUUUACUUAGACAAAUGAUGCUGAAGGAAGAUUGGAAGAAAGAAGGAGAAGCAUUGUCUUUAGCUGUUAAAGAACUGAAAGAAGAGGUCGACUGUAUUAGCAAAUCCUUUUUGCCUGAGGAUGAUCCUGAGCACGUUGAUCCAUUAAGUCAAGGGGCUUGUCAUAUAAAAACCAAUGACCAUGAGCGAACACGAGAGACGAAGAAGAAAAUUUCCUUUCCUGCAUUUAAGGAAGUACAGGGACCCUGUGAGUCAGAGGAUCUCCUCGAUGGAAUCAUAUUUGCAGCAAGUUACCUUGGAUCAACCCAGUUAUUCUCUGAGAAAAAUCCAUCGACCAAUGUCCGAAUGUCUCAAGCUCAGGAGGCAGUGGGGAGAGUAAAGGCACCCGAAGGAGAGUCUCAACCAAUGACUGCAGUAGAUCUGUUUAUAUCAACACAGCGAAUUAAAGUAUUGAAUGCAGAAACACAGGAAGCCUUGAUGGAUCAUCCUCUGCAGACCAUUUCCUACAUUGCAGACAUUGGAACUACGAUAGUUUUCAUGGCUCGGCGACGACUACCACGUAAACCUCCAGAUCAAGAAAAUAGGAACUCUAUGGCAGGGAAACGAGAAUACAAGAUGAUAUGUCAUGUCUUUGAGUCAGAAGAUGCAUCACUUAUUGCACAGGCUAUAGGCCAAGCUUUCACUGUGGCGUACCAGCAGUUCCUGAAUGCCAAUGGUAUUAAUCCCGCAGAUCUGAGUCCCAAUGAGUACAAUGAUUUACUCGACACAGAGUUCUACAACGGUGAUCUUGUACACUUUUCCAAAUCAGAGAAUUCCAAAGAGGUGCAUAUUGAAAAAGCAAAAGGUGAGAUCCUUGGCCUAGUGAUAGUGGAGUCUGGCUGGGGCUCGAUCCUCCCUACUGUGGUGAUAGCCAAUCUCAUGCAUGGUGGGCCUGCUGAGCGGUCAGGAGAGUUGAACAUUGGUGAUCAGAUCAUAUCUGUGAAUGGUACCAGCUUAGUUGGCCUGCCUCUUGCUACUUGCCAGAGCAUAAUCAAGGACUUGAAAUAUCAAUUUGAAGUAAAGCUCAAUAUUGUUCGCUGUCCUCCAGUCACCACUGCAAUCAUCAAACGGCCAGAUCUGAAGCAUCAGCUGGGAUUUAGUGUUCAGGAUGGGAUUAUCUACAGCCUCAUGAGAGGUGGAAUUGCGGAACGAGGUGGAAUUCGAGUUGGACACAGAAUCAUUGAAAUAAAUGGACAAAGUGUUGUCGCAAUCCCACAUAACAAGAUUGUACAAAGAUUGUCAGAUGCCACUGGUGAAAUUCACAUAAAGACAAUGCCAGCUGCAACAUACCGAUUACUAACUGGACAAGAGCAACCAAUAUACAUAUAAAGAAAGAGUUAUCAUCAUUAGCCAGCUGAAACACUUGUGGUAUCCAUGGAUUCCAUGUGACACUGCCUGCUUUGUUGUGCCUCAAUAAUAUCGACACACAAUUCUUAAUUGGCCUAUUGAAGACGACUUAACACAAGCAUUCCACUCUGCACUAAAUUGGCUGUGCCAAGAGCUGCAGCAUCACAUGAGGCCAAUGUGUAAGGGAAAAUAAAUUAACCUUUGAUGCAGGCUUGGCAGCAUGCCACGCAUCAGACUUAGCACUGAUACAAGGUGGCACUGUUUUUCACCAAAAAGAUUUUGCACAUUGCUUCUACAUAUCACCAGCUUAAACUAGAUAUCUCAUGACAUCUGCAAGUGGCUUUCCUGUUUUAUUUGAGUGGAAAGUUGCUGGAUUUAUUUUACUGGCAAGGGCAUAAACUUAAUAUUUUAAUCAAUUUUUUUUUUAAAAAUUACCAAGAUAUUAAGCAGACCAGUGUGCCAUAUGGAUAAUUUUUCUGAGGGGUUAGGGAGGGGAGGGAAGAAGCUAUGGGCAAUAGUUUUGGAGAUGAAGUAGUUGUUGACCUGAAACUUGGUCUGGAAGCUAUUCUGCAUUGUUUGUGAAAGAUGCCAUUCUAUUCUGUGACUGCCUGGCACAGGGAUAUGAGGUUCAGCUGCUGUUUUACUUUAUGUAUACCAAAUGCAAUUUACUAUUUUCUGUACAGAUCUAUCUUUUUAAAAAGUCGGAGCUGUCUAAAUCAUGCCUCUGCAUAAGGAGAUGAAAAAUCAGUCUGAAGUUACUGCUUCUGUUUGCCAUCUACUGAUUGUUGCAGAGAAGUGCAUUUGUAAUCAGUAAGGAGGAAUAGAUUGUGCUUCUUCGAAUUACCUGCUGACCAUGUGCAUUGUAGAGUCUCUGACAAUACCUCACUUAGAAAUUCAUGCCUUUGGUGCCUUGUAAACUACCAUUAUGCUAGCCAUAAUUGCCAUGCUUGGAGUGUUUAUCAGGGAAUAUAACGGAAUAAAAUGCAUUAAUAAUUGUA